AUCAAAUUAGACACAACCUGUCAUUGAGGCCAUCUUGGAAUUUUGGAAAGGACACCGGUACAUAAAACAACUGCACAAACAUGUUUUCCAGGCUUGCAAGACCAGCUAUUUCAAAAUGCAUCACACAGAGAACAUUCACAACAUCAUCAAAGGACAGUGCUAAAGUAGCAGUGUUAGGAGCCAGUGGGGGAAUUGGACAGCCCCUGUCCCUCCUACUGAAGACCUCGCCAGCAAUUUCACAACUGUCCCUAUAUGAUAUAGCACACACACCUGGAGUAGCUGCUGACCUCAGUCACAUUGAAACACCUGCAAAAGUCUCCGGUCAUAUGGGUCCAGACGAACUAGAUGCCUGUUUAGAAGGAGCUGAUGUGGUGCUUAUACCUGCUGGUGUGCCAAGAAAGCCAGGGAUGACAAGAGAUGAUUUAUUUAACACCAAUGCUAGUAUUGUCCUCAAUCUAGCAAAAGCAUGUGCAAGAGUGUGUCCAAAUGCCAUCCUUGGUAUCAUCACAAAUCCGGUGAACUCUACAGUCCCGAUCGCUGCAGAGGUCUACAAAAAGAUGGGUGUGAAAGGUUGGGAAAAGCGACUGUUUGGGGUGACAACAUUAGACGCAGUGAGAGCUAAUACCUUCAUUGCUGCAGCUAGAGGAGUUGAUGUUAGUAAGAUGGGCGUGCCGGUUAUUGGAGGUCACAGUGGUGUGACCAUUAUACCAGUCAUAUCACAGGCCACACCUACAGUAUCCUUCCCUAUGGAGGAACGCAAGGCAUUGACCGAAAGGAUACAGAAUGCUGGUACUGAAGUGGUUGAAGCCAAAGCUGGAGCAGGAUCAGCCACUCUGUCAAUGGCCUUUGCGGCCGCCAGGUUUGCAGAUAAGCUUCUCGAAGCUUUGGCCGGUGGAAUAGAACAGGUGGAGUGUGCUUACGUAAAGUCUGACCAGACUGAUGCCACCUAUUUUGCUAAUCCUAUUCUACUUGGGAAAAACGGUGUUGAAAAAAACUUGGGAGUUGGUCAAAUGAUUGAAUAUGAAGUUGGACUCGUCUCUGCGGCUAUGGAUGAGCUCAAGAGCAACAUUAAAAAGGGAGAGGACUUUGUAGCCAAAAACUGGUCUUAAGUCUUCAACACUGACAAUGUAAACAAAUUGUUUGAAGGGCAGACUGCAACUUUAUCUACGACAGAGGUGCAACGACACUAACAACAGUGCUAUAAAUACAGUGGUGCAAAAACAGUGCUACAAUUCUACUAAGUACUCUAUCCAUAUGAUAUUCUUAUUCAAAUGGACCACAUGCAUACUCAUGGGUUAAGUAUUUAUUCAAAGUCAAAGACUUAAAAGAUAUCGUUUAAAUUUGAAAUAUUUCAGAUAUUUUGUUGCAUGGCAUAACAGCAGUGACAGGAACUUAUACCCCAUAAGCAAAUGGAUCACAUGGAUAUAGUUUCAAUAACAGUUUAGACUUAAACAUGCUAUAGGCAUUGAUUUAUUCCUUGAUCCAAUAUGUCACUUCCAUUUAUUUUGUACUUCCUUAUGCGAGUGUCGGUGGAAUAGGCUAGUUUCCCUUGUGUUUUGGUUGUUUUCCGACAUUGUUUUGGAACUUGUUGGCUACCAUUUGUUAGACAGUGUGCUGCUAGGAAUAGAGAACAGCAGCAAAUGUUGAGAGUACCUGUUCUAGGAUUUGUAAAGUUAUAUUUACCGUCAUGUGAUUAAAAUAAAGCGUCUUUCCAUACAGCAA